AUGCCAACCGUCAUUCGGCCACACCCCGAAGUUGUGGGCAAAUGUGCAUACACACCGUCUCCUAAUCGAGACUUUUUCAAGCAGAUUUCGGCCGAGGAUCAAUCUCGGGAAUCGGUCCAAACGUCCGUGUCCGGCGCACAUGACGGCACCAUUCUGCGUUCCGAUGAUGUCUGGCUAGACGUGCUCGUCCAAGUCAGCUUCUUCGUCAAUGGACCUGGCCGCGCUGAAGCUCUGCGCAACCACUUCGUCGCCCAUGAGGGUCAACGCUUCCUCGUUGUUCGAAUCGGAUCCGGUCAAGCGGUUAACAGCUUCGACAUGGAGACCAUAACAGAGCAUUUCGUUAUCCUACUCCGCGAGCACCAACCUGGCCGACUGGAUGCUGCCGACCUUUAG